UGUGCACCGGCGGGGCCGGCAGCUCGGGGCACCCACCGCCCGCCCCGCCCGCCGCCGCGGCUGCACCGGCACCGGCCCCGGCCCGGGGAACCGGGGACGCGGCGGGGGCCGGCGGCGGCUCCAUGGCGUCCCCGCGGGCGGCGGAGCUGCGGAGCCCGGGCGAGGCGGCGGCGGCAGCGGCGGCGGCGGCGGGCGGGGGCGGCCCGGCGGGUCCCGGUGCGGGCCCGGGGCUGGCGCUGGCGCUGGGUUGCGCGCUGAGCGGGGCGGCACUGGUGGUGCUGGCGGGGGCCGUGCCGCGGGCGGCGCGCCCCGACCCGGCGGUACCGGCGAGGCAGAUGGAGCGGUUGGAGGCGCGGGCGGCUCGGCUCCGCGCCCGCCUCGAUCGGUGCACCGUAGCCGGGCUGGCGUUGCUGGCCCUGGGCGGGCUACUGCUCGCCGCCCUGCUGCUGGCCGCCGCCGCCGCCCGUCGUCGCGCCCGGGCCGCCCGCCGCACCGGUGGUACCUACGGCUCGGUACGCCUGAGGAUGCGGAGGGUGUCGGCCGAGGGGACGCGGGCGCUGCUGGAGAACCAGCUCAGCCCCCCGUCCCAGCCCCCCGAGGGGCCGGGCUCCUAGCCCCGCACGCCCCCGGGGACCCCGGGCUGCCCUGGGGACCCCACGCCGUCGGCAGAAGCGGGGGUCCCCUCGCCGCGCCCCGACACCGAUGCCGUCCGCGGAGGCUUUGCCCGCCAGCCUUCGGCCACCUUCCUCGCCUUCCCGGACGCUUCACGGAUGGGGGUCCGUCCGGCAGCACUGGAGCGAUGCGGCUUUGGGAUGCCCCGCCGGACUGCACGGCUUCUGCCCAGGCUGUUCCCCACCACCGGCAUCACGGCAGCACAGCCUUCGGAUGCCCUGCUUGCCUCCCCGGCACCUUCCUGGAUGGGGUCCUGCCCGCCAGCAUCGGGGCAACGGCACCUUCAAGACACCCGUGGCAUUUCCGUGUCGCGGCCGGCCGCAGCCUCGGCUGGACGCAAGGCCGAGCUCCCCGCCGCAGCCGGCUCCUUCCCGGCAGCCAGGGCCUGGGGCCAGCUGCUCCUCUUUGGGAUGGAGCUUCUCAUUUUCUGCCAUUGGUGACUUUUUUUAGCAAUAGUUUCUUGUAAAACUCUGUGGCUUAGAGUUGGCACUUGCACCGCUCUGGGCAGAAGAGAAGGAGACAGCAAGCGUGACCACCGGCCGUGCAGCGGGGUCCAGCCCCCCGCUGCCCCCCAGCCCUUGCACCCCACCAGCCCCACUCCGGAGAGCGGGAUGAAGGCCGGACACACGCCCGCACAGUGCUGAGCAUCCCACUCCCACCAGCAACCCUGGAAUGGCCUCCUCAAAAAUCAUGGUGCUCUGUCCGGAGGAGAGAGGACAAUUCCCAAUGCCUCGAAAUGAUGUGGUUCUUCUGUUCCCAUGUUAGACAGGCAGCUCUGCCCGCCGGGGUGCCCGCGCACGAGCCUUUGUGCUGAUCGCAAGGGCCAUUGUCUGCGGCGUGAAGGUAAAAUUGCAUCUCGGGAAUUAAACAUGAAGCAUCAUUAAAGCACAAUGUUCUGUGGAAAGAAAAAUCGGUAUGAGCAGGAUGCUGAGAAAGGGAAAUAAUUAUCCCAUAGGAAAAUGCAGACCCACAAAAGGUGAUGUUUGUCAUGAACUGCCACCAGGUUUUAAUCCAUCCCAUAAAUUCCUCGCUUCAAAUGUUUCCAGGCAGAGACAAAUCUCGCCAGACAGCCCCACACAAGAGGAAAGUCAUUUUUACAUGCA